AUGGCUGCCACAAGGACGGUAUCGACGUGUAUCCCGGUGAAGACGCAGGGCAGCCAUGUGUUCAGGAUCUUCGGGUACAGCCAGCACAAGGGAAUCGGCGUAGGAAAGUUCAUCAGGUCCGGCGCCUUCUCCGUCGAUGGCCACGACUGGGCCAUCCGCUUCUAUCCGGACGGGUUCAGCCAAGGCAGCUCACAUUGCAUCUCGGUUUAUCUCGAGCUUUUGAGCAAGGACGCCAAGAGCACCGGGUUGGCUUCUUCGUUGCACAAGACCGAUCCGAGGAUGUUCAACGAAAAUGACAGCAGCAAAUUUGCUCCCCAAGAAGGGUCAUUUAUAUCACGGCACGUGUUCGAAGCUUCGGCUAACUUACGGGACGAUCACAUGGAGAUCGAGUGCGUCGUCACCGUCAUGAAAGAUGCGCGGGUGUCUGAAACCAAACCGUGCCCCAGAAUCGAGGUGCCGCAGCCCGACAUCACAGCGCAUCUUGGCAAGCUGCUGGAAGCAAAGGAGGGGGCGGAUGCCACGUUCAGCGUUCGCGGAGAGACUUUCGCGGCACACAAGAUCGUGCUCGCCAUGCGGUCCCCGGUGUUCAGAGCAGAGCUCUACGGGCCGAUGAGGGAGACGGCAGCAGAGCUCAUACAAAUCGAGGACAUGCAGCCUCAUGUCUUCAGGGCUCUGCUCCACUUCAUCUACACCGAUUCACUGCCUGACAUGGAUGGGCUGGAAGGAGAUGACCACAGAGAGAUGAUCCGGCACCUACUUGUGGCUGCGGACCGGUAUGCCAUGGACAGGCUGAAGGUGGUAUGCCAGAGCAUUCUUUCUGAGAAGAUCGAUGUGCAGACUGUGGCAACUACGUUAGCUUUAGCUGAUCAGCACAACUGCCACAUGCUUAAGGAUGCUUGCCUUGAAUUUAUCAACUCGUCCACUAUGGAUGAUGUAGCGUCUACACAAGGGUUUCUGGAUCUCAAGAAGACUUGCCCCUCAGUCUUGGUCGAUGUAUUGUUGAAGAUGAGAACGCUCAGCAAAUCAUAG